AUGAAGCUUCCUUUGUUGUUGAGCCUCACUUUGGCUGCGGUAUCAGCUUUACAGCCUCGAGGUGGAUACCAGCGGAUUGUCGGUGGUGUAGUGACCAACAUCGGCAAGUACCCAUAUGCGGCGGCCAUGUUAUACUCCCGAAGUGGUUCAGGAACUUUCACGCAAAACUGUGGUGGCAGCAUCAUCAACAACAGAUCAGUUCUCUCAGCUGCGCACUGCUUUUACAGAGACACCGCAAGACAAUGGCGUAUAAGAAUCGGUUCAACCUAUGCGAACAGCGGUGGUGUCGUCCACAAUAUCAACAGAAUCAUCAUGCACCCACAAUACAACCAUGCCAUCACCGACAACGACGUAGCCGUAGUUCGCUCCAACUCUGCAUUUAACUUCAACGCCAAUGUGGCUCGCGCUUCCAUCGCCAGCGCCAACUACUGGCUUCCCGACAACGCUCCCGUCUGGGCCAUUGGGUGGGGAAGGAUCGCUUGGAACGGCCCUUCAUCCAACCAGCUCCGUGAAGUUCAGCUAUAUACCGUCAACUUGGUAACCUGCAGGAACCGUUACCGUGAAAUUAACACCCAGGUCACCGACACCAUGCUGUGCGUUGGUAUCCUCGACCAAGGAGGUCGUGACCAAUGUGGCGGUGACUCCGGUGGUCCCCUUCUACACAACAACGCUGUUGUAGGUGUCUGUUCCUGGGGACACCGCGAGUGCGCCCACCCUAGAUACCCUGGUGUAAACGCCCUGGUCUCCAGAUUCACCGGCUGGAUUCAGAGCAACGCCUAA